CGCGCGCGCGUACUCGCCGGGCUCGGCCAGUUCCUUACAUGACCCUCCAGAUGAUCUCCUCCCUCAUGUCUCCCUUCAUAUCCACUUCUCUUGCUUCUCGCACUGGAGCUUAGCCUGCCUCAAUUGCCAUGCCUAGCGUGAGCUCUGCUCUUGCCCCCAAGGCCAAGGGGCAGCCCAUGAUGGUGACGAAGCACACCGCCGCCGUUCUCCUGGUCCUCCUCUCCGUCGUUCUCUUCGCGAGCUCGUGCGAGGCGCGAGGUCUUCGUGUCGUCCAUGGCAAGGGCAGCAGCAGCUCCAGCAAAUCGUCACAUCUACCAGACAAGGAUGUGGAGACAACAAGCAUGAACAAGGCUGAUAAUGGUUGGCUGACAAGGCAGACAGAAGAAGCUAGAUCAACGGUCCACACUGCUAAAGAUGAUCGCGUGAUGGCUCAGGCGGAUGCGAAGGCGAAGGCGGAGGAGGGAGUGGCAAUGGCAUCAUCAACCGCAGCAGGCACCGUUGUUGGAGCCACGCCUGUCUUUAGAGUUUCGCAGCGGCUUUCUCGACCGGAGGACAAGGGGUUUUAUCUGGACUAUGCCGGGCCAAGGACACAUACCCCUUCUCACAACUAAUGUGAUCGUAUCAUUCCGUAACCUAGCUACUACUCUUCCUCCGCUCCUAAUCUUCUUUUCAUAUCUGAAGGCGACCUAUGUACAUGAGUUCUCCAGCCCUAGCUAACUCUUAAGCCAAGAUCCUACACUUGCCUGUGCUGCCCUGUAGGCACGGGCCUGCCAAUAAUCUUAGUUGGAGUAGAGCCGUCCGCUUUUAAUUAACUUGGGUAUGUUGUUGGUAGAGUACUCUGGCUACACUAUUGGAAAUUUUGUUGGGUCAA